AUGAAUGGCUUUUUCGUCCCAGAGCCGAACGCCAGUGCUCGACAGCAAGAUCCGCAGAUUGCUGAGCUCAAAAAGCGCGGCAACUGCAAUUAUUACACGCUCCAGACACUAGCUGACUGUAUUCGUCAAGAUCUUCCUCUCUGCGUGAGUGUGUCAUCGGCCACCAAGAAAGAGAAUUUUGUAGUGUACAACUGCACUAUCUCGAGCGUGACCACUAAAAAUUCAUGGAGCGUAUCUUACCGCUACUCAGAGUUCCUCGUCUUUCAUAAAAAGGUGGCUGAGUCAUGGACUUGCGCGGACAAGGAUUGCUGUGGCUCGUGCCAAGCUAUCCGUGAUGUCAUGGCGGCUUUCUUUCCAAAGAAAUGUCCCGCAAUUGUAUUAACUUGGUCUAGAGCUAUAAACCACCGCAAAGCAAAACUAGAGGAUGUGUUGUUGUAUUUGCUUCGAUGCGUUUUGCUUCCCGGCAGUGCUAUGAAGUGCUUUCAUGCACGACAGAAACUACCCUCUCAUCUCUUGAAGUUUCUUGGUGUCAAGCAUGAUGCGGACAAGCGCUCACUUCUGCAAGUCUUUGUGGACAACUACCAGCCAGGCAUGAAGAGAUCAGCAACCUCCACAGACCUCUCGACGCUGAAGUGUCAGAGCACCAUGAAAAAAUCGUCAACCACGCCGAACUUGUCGUCACUUGGUACAAGAACAUCCUCAGGAGAUGUUCCUGGAGAUGUUGAUCAAUGCAUGAUUUGUCUGAAUGAUGUGGAGUUAUGCACUUCUAACGAAAUAGGCACCGACUGCAUUGACAGCUCUCCGAUCAUUCUUCUGUGCAAACAUGCUUUCCAUCGUGAAUGCAUCUUUGAAUGGGUAUUGUUCCAGUACCACUGCCCAGUUUGUAGAGCUCAGGUGGGGCCUUCCGCCGCCACGAACUACUGUCACCCAAAACACCAAGUACAAUGGUGGCUUGGCGACUUUAAGGAAAACCCGUUGACUUCAGCAGCCGCGUUGGAGCUACCAUAA